AUGAACUCUCUUCGCGCUCUCUUGUUUGGCUCUGCCCAAACCGCGCUCAAAACUCAAGAGACCGAAGAGGAGAUCAUCUGCCAAAUCCCAAACGGCCAGUUCUAUCUGGUUCGGCCGCCGAACUCGCCCAAAGGAGCAUCGCAGCAAAUCUUCACCGACGCUGCCGUCUACGUCCGCAAAGAGGCCCGAUCUUUUGAAUACACGCUUGUUGUUCAGCGUGCGUACGACGAGGAAGACCCAGAAUUAGAGGAGGAGACAGACGAGCACGCCGAGGAAACCAGUUUUCAGCUCAACGGCCAGCUCCAUCUUCGAACGGGCGUGGCAGCUGAGGGUCGAGCGCUGGUCGCUUGGAAGGUCCCCGACGGCGAUGAGGGAGACCUCUACGAGUUCAUCUGUGGUGAUAAGGUGACGCAAACAGACGCCAAAACCUUCCUCUUCGAAGCACAGCGCUGCCAGUACGAGGCGGAAUACCAGGUUCCUCGCGCGACAGCUACCGAGGAGGAUUUAGAAGAAUUUGCUUUCGACGAAGACCCUCCGAUACCGCCUGCCAGUCCUCUCUACGGCCCCGACCUCUCAGAACUCACUCGAUCUAUUGACGAUUCCUUGGACGACAUGGUGUCGUCCAACCAUAACGCCAAUAUUGGAGUCAAGCGACAGCAGACUCCAGUCCAAGAACUCGACGAGUCUGAUGUCUUCUCGCCCGCUGAGCCUCCCGAGGCCCCGGAGGCGUUAGAACUAUACGCGGCGUUGCCUGCAGAGCUCCAUGUGUUCGAUCCGGCACCUGGCCACUUCGCACUGGUAGAGGACUCUGUUAUUUCCACUGUCACCGAAGUCGGCAAGUGGCAGUAUUGGCUUCAGAUCAAGGGCAAGGACAGGGUGUGGGUCAGUACCACUGUACAGGCCGACAUGAACCCGGUCUUCGACUUUGAGAUGCUCUCCUUUGUGUUCAACCACUUCAGCCCGGACGGCACGGCGCGAUCGUGGUUGCUUAGGUUUCAAAACCAGAACCUCCUUGAGAAGUUUCAGGAAGGCCUGAUGCAAGCUAUUUGGGAGCAGCUGAAUGAGACCAAGUGGCAGAAGAUACAGGACAAGGAGCGAGAAUAUGUCCUAGAUGCAUUCAACGACUUGACAAUGGAGGAUGCGCCGCCUGUUGGAGAAGAGCAAGAGGAGCCCGAGUAUGAUGACGAAGAUGAAGAGGAGGACCAAGGCCUUUUCCGCGGUGAAGAGUACGACCCAGACGAGGAGUUUGACAAUGUGGACGUCCAAGGCAAGGAUGCCGACAUGAACUCACAGCUGGCCGUCGGUUACAAGCAUGAUCGAUCUUUUGUGGUCCGCGGAAACAAGAUUGGUGUGUUCAGGCACAACCCUGACAACAAGCUCGAGUUCUCUACAAACAUUUCGAAACUGGAGCAUCCAUCGACAGGCAAGAAGAUGGGCAAUCCUUCCAAGGUCAUGCUUCACUCCGAAGACAGGGACCUAGUCUUCCAAAGCGACACCAACCCCAACAAGCUCUACCGCAUGGAUCUUGAGGCAGGAAAGGUUGUCGAUGAGUGGAACGUCCACGAUGACAUUGGAGUUGUCAGCUUUGGUCCCGAGAACAAGUUCGCGCAGAUGACCGCCGAGCAAACGUUCCUGGGUGUCUCGAACAACGCACUCUUCCGUGUUGACCCUCGUGUACACGGCGAUAAGUUGGUGCAAUCGGACCUCAAGCAAUACGCCACCAAGAACGACUUCUCUGCGCUUGCUACCACGCAGAAGGGUUACAUUGCCGUGGCGAGCAAUAAGGGUGACAUUCGACUGUUUGACAAGCUUGGAAUGCGCGCCAAGACAUCCCUACCCGCACUGGGCGACCCAAUUGUUGGCAUGGACGUUUCAGCCGACGGAAGAUGGAUCCUAGGCACCACAAAGAACUACAUCCUGCUUGUUGAUGCCCAACAGAAGGAUGGCAAGAACGAGGGCAAACUUGGCUUUGAGAAGGGCUUCUCCGCCGAUCAGAAGCCCAAGCCUCGCCGUCUCGCACUGACUGCAGAGCACGUUGCCCAAUUCUUCCACGAGACGGGCAAGCCAAUAUCCUUCACACCGGCCAAGUUCAAUACCGGCAUCGACGGCACCGCCGAGACGUCAAUUAUCACGGCAACGGGUCCGUACAUAGUGGAAUGGAGUCUGAAGCGUGUCCUGCGUGGCACGAAGGGGGCCUACAAGAUCAAGCGGUACGAAGACGAGGUCAAAGCAGAUGACUUCAAGUUUGGCAGUGACAAGAACGUCAUUGUCGCUCUGCCCAACGAGGUCAACAUGGUUGCAAAGCAGAGUUUCAAGAAGCCAACCCGUGAGAGCAUCAUGGGCAAUGCUUGUCUAAGCGGAGGUAGGAAGUCUGCGGGGAGAAUCGGAGGCGCCAAUAGCGGACGGUACAAACUGGGCAGAGACGAUGUGGUUGACUCGCCGUACUGA